AAAAAUCGGAUUGCACAGCUCGGUCAAUGUCUGAAAUUAAAGAAGGAAAAAUGGUGUGAGGUGCCGUGAGUUAUUCGAGAAGCGGUCUAUACAUGUUACGUGUCGGGGCAGGACUUUCGUUCAAUACACAAACAAAGACUUAUUAUAGCAAAGAAAGAAAAAAAGUACAAGCAAUAAACAUCCUUCGAGGGACAAGGGGAGAUAAUAAAGAGCGGCGGAGAGGUUAGAGAAGCAAGGGUUUUGUGUUUGUGAAAAUGGAGUCGAGUGAGGACGUUGAGGUUAUGAGCAGAGCCAUCGAGAAACUUCUUGAUGAGAAGAGGAAGAGAGAAGCUGCUGGUGACUCCUUCAUCGAAGACGAGGACGACCAACUUCUCCUCACUAAGCUUAUAUCCCAGCUGGAAUCACCAAACCCAUUCCAAAAGACACUUGUGACUGCUAAAGAAGAAGAAGAAUCAUCGCCAGAUUCUUCACCAUCCAAAGGAAAACACCAGGACGAGAGACGAUUGGAAGAGAGUAUAGAAGAAAUAGCUAAAGACAUCAAGGAGGUGAAGAGGCAGAACAAAGUAACCCACAUUCUCCUCUCGGCUUUGAUCAUCCUCACAUUGACUUGGCAGCUCUCUGAGUACUCCAUGAUUUACAUGAUGAAAGAGAGAUUAACCCACCCAAUCAGAUCCAUUGGAGGUAUGUUCUCUGGGAUGUUCAAAGGUAAGUUAUUUCCAAACAAGAACAGACUUCAAGGGACUUCCAAUGCCCAGGAGGAAAACAACCUUCACAAUGGGAAUGGAACAAACAAUGGAGUUCAUAUCCAAGUGCCCGAAAUGUUGCGAGAAUUUGGUUUCGACGAUGAUGACAAAUGAUAUCUUUCUUCUGUUGCCUGUUUAUAUUAUACAAUCUGGAAACACACUUAUAAUUUGUUUACGUUCAGGACAUAUAAGAUGUUUUAGCAAACUUUUCAAUAUGAAAAAGGGUUCCAACAGAGAACCAUAUUUCAAAUAAACCUUUUGUUUGUAAUC